AGCCAGAAAGCCCAACUAUCUGAAAUGCAAAGAGACCAACAAAAUAAUAACAUUAUUAAACACAAUGAAGAUCUUGCAGUGAUUGAAAAGAAAUUACUUUAUGUGAGAAAAUCAUACAAGUAUCUUUAUGAACAAUUGAAAAAGAAAUCAGAUUGCGGUUUACAUAGAUUCCUUAUUACUGGAACAUCGGGAAUCGGAAAAUCAUAUUUCUGUUGUUUCAAGGAUUUAUCAAUGACCUGUGGAACAUUUAAUGAUUUCAGAACUUUACUCGAUUCACCUACUACAUGGUACCUGGCAGAUGGUAUAGUAUCUCCAAAAAUAGUUCCAGCAACGUCACUAGUCUCUUUAUCACCAAAUGGAAUUUUAAAAAGUGAUUUUAAAGAAUAUGACAAGCGUCAUCCAAUUGAAUAUUAUAUGGAUCCGUGGACAUUAGAAGAAUUAUUAUAUUGUCGGGAGCAUGCUUUUCCACUAGUGCCGGAAGAAAUAGUGAUUAAUCUUUUCCAUAAAGCAGGUGGAGUACCUAGAUACGUCCUCCGGAAUGUUGAGAUGCCAAUAAGAGAUGUUGUUGGAAAUAAAGAAGAAAUACUGGAUACUGAAGAAAAGGAAAAAAUUGAGGAACAAGCUUAUAGUCGUAUUGAAUUAGCCAUUUCAAAGACCAAUAACUUCGAUAAGAUUAUUAAAUGUUUUACUGAAGAUGAAAAAAAGAAUUCAGGAAAAACUAGAAGAGACAAAAUACGACUUAUGCGAAAUCCUUAUGAGGCUAGCACAAGGGGAUUUUAUUUGAGUGUUAUAAGCUGGGUUCGUAAGAAAUUUAUCCGAUCUCUUAAAGUAUUCUGGAGAAAACAAAAUUUUGGUGCGGUAGACUUAUUUGUAACGCCUAAUUAUAUUUUUCAAGUCACAGUGUCGGAAUAUCAUCCUAUAAAACAAGUUGAGCUGAAAAAAGUAAUCACAAACAUGCCAGUCUAUAUUAGUGAUCAAAAUGCUAAGAUUCAACUUUACUUCGUGGUUCCGGAUGAUAUAUAUGACAAAUUUAAAUAUCAAAGUUACACAACUCGAGAUAACGACUCUAAUAAAGAUCGGCCAGUCUUGAGAAUGAAUUCCGCCAUUAAAAAUGUCGAGCAAUGGGCUCUAAAAGUACAAAUCAAUCUGAUAUUAGAAGAAUAA